CCUCCCUCGCCCCCUGCAGGUACGACCGUAACCUGAUCCUGGCCCAGCGCUGGGGCAUCCGCAAGGGGCUGAUCAUGGGCUUUUUCACGGGCUACAUGUGGUUUAUCAUCUUUCUCUGCUACGCCCUGGCCUUCUGGUACGGCUCAGGCCUGGUGCUGGACUUGGAGUACACGCCUGGGACGCUGCUUCAGGUGUUUUUCGGGGUUUUGAUAGGUGCCAUGAAUCUGGGUCAGGCCUCUCCGUGCCUGGAGGCCUUCGCUUCGGGCCGAGGUGCUGCCACCAUCAUCUUUGAGACCAUUGACAGGGUGCCUGAGAUCGACUGUAUGUCGGAGUCUGGCUACAAGCUGGACAGGGUCAAGGGUGACAUCGAGUUCCACAACGUGACCUUCCACUAUCCCGCCAGACCGGAGGUCAAGAUCCUGGACCAGCUCAGCGUUGCGGUGAAGACCGGGGAGACCACAGCGUUUGUCGGGCCCAGCGGGGCGGGAAAGAGCACCGCCGUUCAGCUGAUCCAACGCUUCUACGACCCGAAGGAAGGCAUGGUGACGCUGGACGGCCAUGACAUCAGAGGGCUGAACAUCCAAUGGCUGCGCUCGCUGAUCGGCAUCGUGGAGCAGGAGCCCGUGCUGUUCGCCACCACCAUCGCCGAGAACAUCCGCUACGGCCGCCCCGGGGUCUCCAUGGACGACAUCAUCGCCGCCGCCAAGGAGGCCAACGCCUACUCCUUCAUCAUGGACCUGCCGCGGAGGUUCGAGACGCCGGUGGGCGAGGGCGGCGGUCAGAUGAGCGGCGGUCAGAAGCAGCGCAUCGCUAUCGCCCGGGCGCUGGUGAGGAACCCGCGCCUGCUGCUGCUGGACAUGGCCACCUCCGCCCUGGACAACGAGAGCGAGGCCACGGUCCAGAGGGCCCUGGACAAGGUAGGAGCAGGGGGCCCGGCCCUCGCCGGACAUUUCCUCUUUCUAGCGGUCGAUGUUUUUGUGUCGGCCAUUUUGUUUUGUUGUGUUGUUUGAAAGAAAAAAAAAAUA